UCUCUAGUGAUCUAAUACCUAAAAACUUAAAAAGAUAUUAUAUGGAUUUUUUGGCUGCUGGAACAGGAAGUAUGGUCAAUAACGCCUCGUACUAUUAUCAUAGACAUGGCUCAAAUAUCUUGGUUCGAUACGAUUUGGACACUACAGAACAAAUCCAGAGUGAUUCCCUUGGACCAAUAUCUUACCUAGAUUGUAAAAAAUUCUAG